GUGGCAAUAUGUCUCCGAAAAAUGAUCGUUACGUGACGGCUUUUCUCGAGAUAUAUCGGGUAUAAACGUUGCGGAAGGAGACACACUGCGAGGUGCAAUGGCAGAAGAAGAGAAGGAGAGCGAGGCCAAGGGCUUCAAGCUGCUGGGGAUCCUGGACGUCCAGAACACCCCGUGUGCCAGAGACGCCGUCCUGCACGGGGCCGGGGGCGCGCUCGCUGCCGGCAUGCUGCACUUCCUGGUCACGAGUCGGGUGAAGCGGUCCUUUGACGUGGGCUUCGCGGGCUUCAUGCUCACGACACUCGGGUCCUGGUUUUACUGCAGGAUGGACAACGCCAGGCUGCGUGCGCAGCAGCGGAUGGUCCAGGACGGCAUCAAGAACAAGCUGGUGUACGAGGGGACCGCUUUAGACCCCUCGUACAAAUCCAGGGCGGAGACGCCAUCGGGGCCCUCGUGACCUCCGACCUUUCCUCUGGGAGAAGAAGAAGAAGGACUUUUUGAAAAGACUCGGUUGCACAAAUGAUGGAAGGAACCGCUAUUCCAGUAUCCAGUUUGUUUUCUCAUUAAUUUAUUUUUAUUUUUUGUUAGACAACUUGAGACAUGUGGACUUUUUGAUUUUGAGGAGCAAGCAGAGGUCAUCAUGACCCUGAAACAACACAAAAUCUUUACAUUUAAUAGUUUCUAAAUGUCCCCCCCCCCCACUCCAUCCAUUCACCACACAGAUGCACCAGUUAAACUCUUCAUGUCUGAAAGUUAAAAUUCAUCUUGAUAUUUAAAUGUCUGGAAAAUAAAUGAUAUGCUGAUAAUAAAUAAUGUGUUUGUGU